CGGCCAUGGACCGCUUCGUGUGGACCAGCGGCCUCCUGGAGAUCAACGAGACCCUGGUGAUCCAGCAGCGGGGAGUGCGCAUCUACGACGGCGAGGAGAAGAUAAAAUUUGAUGCUGGGACCCUCCUUCUUAGUACGCACCGUCUAAUUUGGAGAGAUCAGAAAAAUCAUGAAUGCUGCAUGGCCAUUCCUCUUUCCCAAAUCGUGUUCAUUGAAGAACAGGCAGCUGGAAUUGGGAAAAGUGCCAAAAUAGUGGUUCAUCUUCACCCAGCUCCUUCUAACAAAGAACCUGGCCCAUUCCAGAGUAGUAAGAACUCCUACAUCAAGCUGUCCUUCAAAGAACACGGCCAGAUUGAGUUUUACAGGCGUUUAUCAGAGGAAAUGACACAGAGAAGAUGGGAGAAUAUGCCAGUUUCCCAGUCGUUGCAAGCAAAUAGAGGACCCCAGCCAGGAAGAAUAAGGGCUGUAGGAAUUGUAGGUAUUGAAAGGAAACUGGAAGAAAAAAGAAAAGAAACUGACAAAAACAUUUCUGAGGCCUUUGAAGACCUCAGCAAGCUAAUGGUCAAGGCUAAGGAAAUGGUGGAGUUAUCAAAAUCCAUUGCUAAUAAGAUUAAAGACAAGCAAGGUGACAUCACAGAAGAUGAGACCAUCAGGUUUAAAUCCUAUUUGCUGAGCAUGGGAAUAGCUAACCCAGUUACCAGGGAGACCUACGGCUCGGGCACACAGUACCACAUGCAGCUGGCCAAACAGCUGGCUGGAAUAUUGCAGGCGCCUUUGGAGGAACGAGGGGGAAUAAUGUCGCUCACAGAGGUGUACUGUUUAGUAAACCGAGCUCGAGGAAUGGAAUUGCUCUCACCAGAAGAUUUAGUGAAUGCCUGCAAGAUGCUGGAAGAGCUGAAAUUACCUCUCAGGCUCCGUGUGUUUGACAGCGGCGUCAUGGUAAUUGAACUUCAGUCCCACAAGGAGGAGGAAACAGUGGCCUCAGCCUUGGAGACGGUUUCAGAAAAGGGAUCUCUAACAUCAGAAGAGUUUGCUAAGCUUGUGGGAAUGUCUGUCCUCCUGGCUAAAGAAAGGUUGCUUCUUGCCGAGAAGAUGGGCCAUCUUUGCCGAGAUGACUCAGUGGAAGGCUUGCGGUUUUACCCAAAUUUAUUUAUGACACAGAGCUAAGAGUUUUGUAUUUGAAAUAACUUGUUACCGGGAUACUUGCAUCAUGUAGAGGUUGUAUGACAUUGAGCUAAGGGUAAACCCUGAUAAACUGAGAAUUUACUGGAACUUCACAGUAUAAUAUAAAACCCUUUUAAUUUCUCCCUAAAUAUUAUGAUCCAGGAAGUUUCUUUAGGAUAAAUAUAGGAAAAUAUAGAAAGAUGAAUGCCAAUAUGAAUUCGAAAUCAUGCUACAGUUGUAUAGAAACCCUCCGAGUUUAACUUGAAAUAUGGUGGAUUUUAACUUGAUCUUCAAAUCUGACCAUUUUUGAAAGAAGAGAAUUUAGUUCAUGGGGGAAGAAAGAGAGAAGUUGCAUGUUUGGACAGGUUAGAUCAUUAUUUUGGUGUGACUAAAAUUCAC